AUGAGCUCAACAGUGAUACUAGGCUCUGGCAUCAUUGGCCUUUCAAUCGCAUACUACCUCGCAGACCACCAACCAGGCUCAACAAUCCACCUAGUCGACCCAUCACCAGAGCUCUUCGCCUCAGCGUCAGGGUACGCAGGUGGCUUCCUCGCGAGAGACUGGUUCUCACCCGCCUCGGCCUCCCUCGGAGCGUUGAGUUUUGAUGAGCACAAGAAGCUCGCCGAGGAGCAUGGCGGCAGGGAGAAAUGGGGUUGGUCUACGAGUACGACUUUUAGCCACGCAGCAGCACCGGUAAAGAAGGGCAAGAAAGACGCCGACUGGUUGCGGGGUGGCGGGAGCAGAGCAGAGGUUGUCGAAGCUGUCGAGACUCCGAGUAAUGGGCCACCAUGGCUGAGGAGGGAGCAUGGCGAUGACGUGCAGAUCAUCGGGGAUCCAGAAACCACGGGCCAAGUGGAUCCCCUCCGCCUAUGCCAAUUCCUUCUCCAAGAGUGCAAAUCUGCCGGCGUCCACGUCCACCACCCAGCCACAGUCCUCUCCAUCCACACCGACCUCCGUGACGAACUCUCAUCAGUCCGCAUAGGGGAAACGACGUCCUCUACAGAGACAGACGUUCCCUGUACUCGUCUCGUCAUCGCAGCCGGCGCCUGGUCGCCUCGCGUCUUCUCCCAGCUGUUUCCCGGGACAUCACUAGAGCUGCCCAUCUCCAUCCUCGCGGGGCACUCGCUCGUCUUGAAGCCAAAGCCCACCCCCUCAGACUCGAGUGAUGAGAUCCAAAAGACGACGACAGCCUGCCACGCCAUCUUCAGCACCGACGGAGCCGGCUUCUCGCCGGAGAUAUUCUCGCGGGUCGGAGGCAACGUCUACAUCGCGGGCCUGAACUCACCAUCCACCCCUCUCCCGCCUCUACCAGGCCAAGCACCCAUCUCCGCCGAAGCCAUCGCCAAGCUCAAAAGCACAGCGGCACGCAUCAUCAUGAACAGCAACGACAGCGAAUCGGACCUUGAAGUCGUCCGGGAGGGUCUCUGUUUCCGCCCGGCCACGGACUCGGGCGCUCCUAUCCUGACCCGGAUCCCGGAUGACCGGCUCGGGAGCGUCGCGACGCGUACCGGCGCCGAGGGCGGGGUGUUUCUCGCGGCGGGACAUGGGCCUUGGGGCAUCAGUCUGAGUCUCGGGACGGGCAAGGUGAUGGCGGAGCUUAUACAGGGGCGGAAGCUGAGCGCCGAUAUAUCGAGACUUGCCCUGACCUGA